AUGGGAAAAGUUGUGGAGGAAGUUGCUGCAUCCCUAGUUCGGGAGUAUCUUAGUCGGAAGGGUCUGAAGCGGACGAUAGCAUGUAUGGAUGGGGAGUUUCCGCGUACGGACUCAAGCAUUAACAACAGAUCAGAUUUGCGCAGGGUCCUUUGUCUUGAGGAUCUUUAUAAAAAGAAUAAGUCUCAAGAGUAUCCGUUUAGGUCACUGUUGGAGAUAAUGGUUAAGGAGCAAAUUGAAAGACAUGGGGAUGCCAAAGGGUCGCUUGUCAGCAGCCGCCCGUUUCAGUUUGAUUCCCAGUCAACAGAGAUGCACCCACCCAAGGGCGGUAAGAGCUUCGAUAUGUCUUCUGAGAGUGAGAGGAACAACCGCUCGCCAUUACUCAGCCGAGAUAGUCACUCCUCAUCAACCAGAGUUGAACUGCUCCCAGACAAAAAGCCCACAGACACAGACAGCCAGAGGAACAGAACCGGUCGAAUGAGACGGGGCGUGAUGGCUGGCCCUGUCUCUAGCUCAGUCCAGGACGGUAACAAAAGACGCCCGGUCCGAAAAAGCGGGAUCUCCCUUCCUCCUCAGUCAAAGGACGAAGUUAACAGAGAGGAUAAGGAUGGGUCAGAUCGGGCGUCUCAGGCCAACGCUUUAGGCAUGACGUUCACAUUCACAGAGUCUCGUGCCACUGCGCUGUCUGAAAGAGCCGACAAACUGCCUUUUCACUCACGAGGUCACAGAACAGACAGAGAUGGGUUUGAAGGAGCACAGAGGACUGCAUCCCAAGCUCCCAAUUCACUCAAGAGGGUCAUUUAUUCUAAUUGCAGAGAUAACUCAGGCGCCACCCAGAGAGCUGAUCUUCACAUGUCCUCUAUGGUUCUAGAUGAUGUCGAUGAUGAAGAGGAUUUACGUGAAGUUUCCAGAAUACCUGUCAGCAGCAUAUCUUCACUACAGCUUAACUGGGAUAAACAUCCUAUGGAUCAGCAAACUGCAACUGCUCUGAAGGAGCUCUUAUUUGGCUCUGCAAUGCGUUGUUUCAACACAGAGUGGAAGUGCCAGAGUUUUUCCUUCUCGGAUGCACCAGGCCUGAGAUAUGGGAUUAUACAGAAAAAGGGCGGCCCAUGUGGAGUGCUUGCGUCAGUCCAGGCCUGCGUUCUUCAAAAACUGCUGUUUGAAAAGACAAACACUGCUUCUAUGACUCACAGGUUACACUUUUCAAACAGCGCAAGGACAAAGUGCCUCUCUCUAGCUGCAGCUGAAAUAUUGUGGAGAGCUGGAGACAGGAAAAAAGCCACUGUCGCAACCUUGUCUGGAAGAAGCCAUUUCACUCCAGCGGGACACUACAAAUCAGAAGGCGUUCUGGAAAUGGUCACUUGCAUUAAUGUUGAAACCUUGGAGGAGUUAAAAUUGCUCCUUGAACAGCAUAUACAUCAGUUUGAGUCUGGUCCCUAUGGCUGCGUCUUGCUCACCCUCUCUGUUAUUCUCUCCAGAUCGAUCGACGCGGUGAAGAAAGACAUGGAUGUUUCUACAUCCACUCUUAUUGGAGCUCAUGGCUACUGCACACAGGAACUGGUCAAUCUGUUGCUCUGUGGGCAAGCCGUUUCAAACGUCUUCAACAACGACAUGACACUCGACUCUGGCAAUGGGAACGGUACCCUACUGAAGGGAGUCAAAUCCCGUUGUGACAUUGGACUGCUGUCCUUAUUCGAGCAUUACAAUAUUUGCAAGGUUGGCACUUACCUGAAAACUCCCAAGUACCCCAUCUGGGUGGUUUGCAGUGAGAGCCAUUUUAGUGUUCUCUUCUCCCUGGAUGAAGAACUGGUAACUGCUCAGUGGCAUGAGGAAGAAUUUGAUCUUUACUACUACGACGGCCUGGCCAACCAGCAGGAACCAAUCCAAUUAACCAUAAGUAUAAAUACUGCCGAGAGACUGGUUCCCUCUGAGGACGCUGACCCAGACCUUGUUCCUCCACUUGAACUUUGCAUCAGAACAAAGUGGAAAGGUGCAGUUGUGAACUGGAAUGACACUGAGCCCAUUCUGUAAUUGAUAGGACAGAGUUUUAUCCUGUCUACAGCAGUUCCAGUUCUUCUGGCCAUGACUGAGACAAACACGUCCAGUGUUGUAACAUAUCCUGUAAUAA